CAUCUUUGAUGCAGUCAGUAAUUCUGCGGACAACAGGGCGUGCCAGCCUUCUGCGCCUGCGCAAACCGGUGUAGACGCUGGUGGAACCGGCCGCGCGGCGCGAGGAACACUGCGCGUGCGUAGAGCCGGUUCUCGGUAGGUCUCCGAGUUUCUCUCCAUGGCGCUUCUCAGCAGCUCAAGAUGACCGAUUACAUCGAGGAGCAGCACAACGAGCUGGAGGCGCUGGAAUCCAUUUACCCGGACUCGUUCACAGAAACAUGAAUACAAGUUUAAAAAAGAAACUCCAAAAUCUUGUAAUGAAAAGAGAAUUUGUGGUGUUGGAGAAUCCUACAAGUUUCACUAUCACAGUAACAUCUGACACUGGUGAAAAUGAAGAAACUGUUGAAGCAACCAUCCAAUUCACAUAUGUAGAACAAUAUCCAGAUGAUCCUCCAAGUUUUGAAAUCAUUGGGCAAGAGAAUCUUCAGAAGUCUGAUGUUGCAGAUAUAAUAACACUAUUAAAUGAACAGAUACAAGAAAACAUUGGGAUGGUGAUGAUAUUCACUCUGGUAACAGCUGUACAAGAAAAAUUAAAUGAAAUUGUGGAUCAAAUAAAGUCCCGCAAAGAAGAGGAAAAGUUACUAAAAGAAAAAGAAGCUGAAGAAGUUGAAAAGGCUGUUUUCCAUGGUACAGCUGUUACAAUUGAAAAUUUCUUGUCAUGGAAAGCAAAAUUUGACACAGAGUUAGCUGAAAUCAGAAGAAAACGACAAAAAGAAGAGGAGCAGGCUGGAAAAGUUAAACUAACAGGAAAGCAGCUGUUUGAAACUGAUCAUAACCUCGAUACAUCUGACAUUCAGUUCUUGGAAGAAGGUAACAAUGUGGAAGUUGAUGAAUCCCUGUUCCAAGAUAUGGAUGAUUUAGAAUUAGAUGAUGAUGAUGACCCAGAUUAUAAUCCUGAUUUAGGGAGUGAUGAAGACUAAGUACCUAAAAAUUAUUUUGUAAAAAGCACCAUUCACAAUGGCAAAAUUUGUAUACAUCAGAGAAUGAGGAUGAAGUCACAGCAUCUGUGACUUUUUAUAUUGCAAAUAGCAAGCAAUGGUCAUAAAAUGCAAACUUUUUUUUAAAUUUUGUGCUCUCAUGUAUGCUUCUCUAACCGUGUUCAAUAAAUUUUAUCCUAAAGUAAAACUAUUUUGAAUGUAAUCAGAAAUGAUUCCUUGUUUGAAAUGCUUGCCUUUUCAUAAAUAGUCAGUUCAUUUCCUCCUAAUUAUGCCUUGAGCGAAUUUAUUACUUGUCUUGAGUAUUAUUAACAAAUGAAUGCUACUGGAAUGUUGCCUCAGCCUUAGUAUUAUUUUAGGAAUAUGUUUUUGUUAGACAUCCCAAAAUAUAGUAUUAAAACAAUAAAGAAAAGAAAAAUCAUCAGUUGAGAUCAUGCAAGUUAACUACGGGAAGCACUUGGGAAGUACUUGGGUUUGGUAGCGUUUGUGGAGUGACCACUCCACCGUAAUCCCCACCACCGACCAAGUCCGCCCCAGGACUGACCAGCAUUUUAACUCUGGCCCGAAUGUUCCAUGGAGUGACAAUGUUUGAGGUCAAAUGUUAGCUCUGUUUCUUCACCAAUGUUGUCAACCCUGAAUAUUUUUAGCAUUUUCUGUUCUUAUUUCCAGCUUCCAGCAUAUGCAGUAUUUUGCUUUUAAACAGCUUCCAUGUGAAAUCAUAGAAACUUACAGCAUGGAAGGAGGCUAUUUGGUGCAUCAUGUCCACACUAACCGAUAAGGAACCAUCCAGCUUGAUCCCACUUUCCAGCUAUUUGCCUAAAACCUUUUAGGUUACAGAACUUCAAGUGCAUAUUCAAGUACUUUUUUAAAUGUUAUGAGGAUUUUUGCCUUUACCACCCUUUCAGGCAGUGAUUUUCAAAUCCCUAUCCUCUGGGCAAAAUAAUUUCCCCUUGAAUCACCUCUAAACCUCCCAUCAUCUACCCUACAUUUAUGCCCCUGAUUAUGGACCCCUCAACCAAGGGAAAUAGGGCCUUCCUACCCACUAUCUAAUCUCCUCAUAAUUUAUGCCUUUCACUAGGUUUCCCCUCAGCCACCUCUGUUUCAAAGAAAACCCUUGCUAUCCAAUCUUUCCUCAUAACUAAGAUCAUCCAGAUCAGACAGCAUCCUUGUAAAUCUCCUCUGUACUGUCUCUUGUGCAAUCACAUCUUUCCUAGAGUGCAAUGACCAGAAUUGCACACAGUACUCCAGCUGUGGCUGAACUAGUAUUUAGUAGUUUCAGCAUAACCUUCCAGCUUUUGUAUUCCAUGCCUUGGCUAAUACAGGGCAAGUAUCCUGUAUGCUUUCUUGACCCCCUUAUCUACCAAAACAGUCACUUUCAGUAAUCUAUGGACAUACUGUUUAUCUACAUUUCUCAGUUUGCUACCAUUUAUUGUGUAUUCCCUUGCUGCCUUUGCCCUCCCCAAGUGCAUUACCUCACACUUCUUCUGUGGAUUGAACUUCAUUUGCCACUGUUCCACCCACCUGACUAGUCCAUUGGUAACUUCUUGCGGCCUAUAGCUUUCUUAUAUAGGAUUACAUAGGAUAGAAGCAGGCUAUUCAGCGCAACCAGUCGAUGUGGUGUUUAUGUUCCAUUCCAGCUGCCUCCUAUCUUUUAUCAUCUAAAUCUACUAUCUAUUUCCUUCUGCCUUAUGUGCUUGUCAAUCUUCUCUUAAAUGCCUCUGUACUAUUCACUUCAAACAAGUUGUGAGUUUCACAUUCUCACAAAUCUUUGGGUAAAGAAGUUUCUUCUGAAUUACCUAUUGAAUUUCUGGUAACCAUCUUAUAAUGAUGGCCUACAGUUAUGUUCUACCCUACAAGAGGAAACAUUCUCUAUCCACUCUAUCAACAUUUUUUAUAAUUUUAAAAACCUCUGUUAGGUCACUCCUCAGCCUCCCUUUUUCAAGAAAAAAGAGAUCCAGCCUGCCAAUCCCUUCCUGAUACAUAUAUCCACAUAUUUCUAUCCUCGUAAAUCUUCUCUGUACCCUCCACUGCUUCCAUAUCCUUUUCAUAAUAUGGUGACUUGAACUGCACACAUUACUGUUAAUUGCAACCUAACCAAGGUUUGAAGCAUUUGUUCCAUUUGUAUUCCCCUAGAAAUGAAGCCAGUGCUUGGUUUGCUUUUUUUUAUGGCCUUGUUAACCAACUUUUAGCAAUAGAGGUAUUCGUAUUCUUGGAUCCCUUUUUUCAAUUACCCCACCUAAACUUGUAUCUUCCAAGUAAUAGGUGACCUCCUAUUCUUCCUAUCAAAAUGCACUGCCUCACAUUUAUCUUUGUUGAACUUCAUUUGCUAAUUAUUUGCCCAUUCUGCAAGUUUAUUAUGUCUUGUAAUUUAACUGUCCCCCGCAUUUGGUGUCAUCCGCAAAUUUAGAAGUUGUGUUUUUGAUUCCAGAGUCCAAAUCGUUAAUAUAAAUGCUGAACAGCAGUGGUACCAGCAAUGAUCCUGUUGGAGCAGCACUUCCUCCUUGCUGCCAUGCUGAAUAACUUACCCUUUACUCCCACUCUCUGCUUGCUGUUUUGAAACCAGCUAGCAAUAUAUUCUGCCACUUGUCCCUUCACUCCACAUUCUCUAAUCAUAUUCAAUAGUCUAUUCUGGGGCACCUUAUCAAAGCGCCUUUUGAAAAUCCACAUAAAUUGCAUCUGCUACAUUACUGUUACCUACUCUCUGUUACCUCCUCAAAAAAAUUCAAAUGGUCAAAAAAAGUUUUCCUUUUUAGAAAUCCAUGCUAUUCAUUAUACAUUUCAUCUCGAGAUGUUCUUUCAUUCUCUCCUUUAGUAAGGAUUCAAUUCUUUUUCCUCCCACUGAUGUUAAGCUGACUGGUUUAUACUUCCCUGGACAUGUUCUGUUCACUGUUGAAUAUAGGAAUUGCAAUCUAACAAUUAAGAAAUGUAAGCCAAACAAAUUCUGAUCAAAUUGAAGUUAGUUUUAUUUUUAUUAAUAAUUGAACCAUUGUUUACAUUGGGCAGGAAUAAUUUGUGUUUAUUUUUUUUAAAAUGGCAUUCUUGACAAUUCAUCCCUGCUGAUUUAUUGGUGUUGGAUAACAGGAGAUACACGUUUAUUAUAUCAGAAAUGUUGAAUUUUUGAAAUAAAUUCCUAAAAUAAUUUUAAAGACUAUGCAGUGUAUAGGUUGUAAGGUAAAACCAAUGAUUAAAGGAGAAAUUCAGUUGUCUAAAUGUUGAGAAUCAUGUUUUACAGAUUUUGUGAUUUAAGUUUUUUUGUGGUUUCAAAUGCAUUUUAUGCAGGCACAGGUGUAUAUUUGUACACUUUUACGAAGCUAUUAUACAUAUUGAUGGACAUUCAUAUACAGAGUUUAUGCAGCUAUCUUGCAUCAAACUGUACAUUCCCUCAAAUAUUUUAUCAUGCCAUUACAUACACAUCUCUAUUUCAGGUAGACUCUGAUUUUAGAGAGUUAGGGCUCAGAGGAGUUGUAAGUCUGAAGGAAAUAAAUAAGUAUCCUCAUUAAUAUUGGUCAUAGUGAUCAGUUAGUACCUUGUAACAUCUGAAUUUGAGCAACAUACUUAUUGGUAUUGAUGUGUACUUGUGGGCUCACUUACUGACAGCAAAUGUGUUCAUCAUUAAUUGUUGAUCAAAAUAAAUAUGGCAGCAGAGAUACUCUGAUAAUAAUAGUGAAUUUAUUGGUGAGUUUUUAGAGUGGGUUAUCACUAUUUCUUAAAGACUACUUUUGUUAAAAGUUGUCCUGGAUUAACUGUGCCAUAUUGUAAGAGCAUCUGUUAGUAAUUGUUUCUAGUGUUUUUUUGGCUGGAAAAUCAAAGUUUCUUCUAAGCAGUGAUCAAAUUAUUUCCUGCUAGAAGGAAUUGUAGACGUCUGUUAAUGGAUUAUGAAUGAAGGAUUGAGAAAUAAGUUUGCAUAAUUGCUACAGAAUCUUUUAUAAAAUCAAAAAACAUUUUGCAAUGCUGUGUUCAUUAUUUUUGAAGCAAACAAUUUUAGUCUUUAAUUUUCCAGAUGUAAUUCAGUGGAAUGUUUUUCAUUUUCUCCUGGAAUAUUCUAUUAAAUCUUUCAUUUUCAGUCAA